CCACAUCCACACAUCACGUGUUAGUCAGACUCUCCUUCAUCCUUGAUUGAUAUAAAGCUUCAGUAAACAUGAGAUCAAAUAGAAACAGGGGUCAUCUGGGUAGAAAGUGGUGAGAAGUCCUGUAUAAAGGUGGCAGCUGUGGAAGAGGUCAAGCCGCAGCAGCAAGCAGGCCAGCUGACCCUCCUGAGUUCAUCUCUUACUCAAAAUGCAAACAUUUGAAGUUUUCUGCGUUCUCCUGCCACUUCUCUUUUCUGCUCAUGCAGACGUUGUGGAACGUUUUGAGGAUGAACCAGAAUGCUUGAAAUACUUUUAUAAGGAUAAGGUGCCUGAAUGGGGAGCCUCCACAUCUGGCGCUGCCCGUCUGUGUCAGCGCUUCGUCAACAGGUUCCACUUUGCCACACUGUAUGACACCAACCAUCGCAUUGCUGUCUACUCUGCCUACCAGUUUGAGCCCAGCAACGGAGGCGGCAGGGAGAAGAGGUGGUUUGUUGAGCCUCAGCUGGUAGAUAUGUCCUGGCAAGCUGAGAUGAAGGACGGAUAUUGGCUGGGGAAGGAUUUCCCAGGGGUCUACCAGGGAGAGAAACAAGCCCUCAAUGAGGACUACACAAACUCUGGCUUUGACCGAGGUCACCUGAACCCUAACGGACACCAUCCAGUGCCGAGCCGUAAUGCUACCUUCACCUUGACCAAUGUGGUCCCCCAGAACCCCAAAACGAAUCAAGAUGCUUGGAGGAUCCAUGAGUCAGACCUCACCACUCUUUUCCUUGAAAAAUGCUCAAAAGCUUACGUGUUGGUUGGCGCCAUCCCCUCUGCAAACAACUGGAUCAUCAAAAACAAUGUGAAGCGUGUCAACAUCCCAGACUACGUGUGGAACGCUUACUGCUGCGUGGACAACAAUGACAGGCCCAUCCUGAGCGGCGCUGGUACAGCAAGGAACACCGAGGAGAACUAUGUUGUGAAACGUUCCCUGGAUGACCUGGGGGCUUUCCUGCAGCAGUUUUCCACAGAACCAGUUGGAGAGUUGUUUUACAACAACUGCCAGGCUUAAAUAACGGGCACACAAAAAUCUAAAUGUAAUUGCUCAAUAUUUUUAAUUUAAGAUUACAUAUAAACAUCCAUUCAUCCAAGUCAGAAAGGGAGAGGCAGGACACAACCCGGACAGGUUUCCACUAACAAAAAUUACAUUUAAAGGCAAUUUGAAAUUAGAGUGAGACAUUUACAAAAAUGCUCACCAUUGGUUAAAGUAGCACAACAAUAACCAAAAUUGAAUCAUAUUUGAAGAAUUUAUUAACAACUAUAUCACAAAAUAAACUAUUAAUAUUUCUGCUGUUGUGCAAAUACUAAAUUCGGUGCUGAUUGCUAAUUGAAUUCUAAAUUGAGGAAUAUUUGGCAUAUUUCAGACCAUGCGGUGGCAGCAAAGAGCUUCAGAUAUGGUACACUAUGUGUGGAAUAUCUAUUAUCAGCUAUUGAUGAGUAAAAAGAUUAAAUGAAAGGUAGUCUAAAAGAGGUUAAAGCUGAUAAAAUGAUAAUGCGCCCAUUUUAAACAUCUGUAAUAUUAAAAUCAUGAUUCACAGGA